AUGUCCUCCUACAUCAUCUAUUCAACACCUUCGCCCACUCCCUCUAUGUCCUGUUCCAUUUCGACGUCUUCCACGACUUCACUGCACAUAGCUGGCGGGCGGAAAUCGUCGUCUGACGACAAACGGCCACUCGUUGAAAUGUCGAAAGAGGCCAGUGAGACGAGUAGUCUCAUCAACCAUUCUGUCAAUGAAUACGGCGAAGAGACCCUACAGUUCAUUGAAACAUCAGGGUCUUGUUCGCCUCCACCAAUUGUACCUCAAUUACCUCAGCGCGGAUCCAACGAUUUCCAAGUCGAAGAAGCGACUGCUGGCAUCGCUAGUCUCGAUAUUGAGCCAAAUGUCGUUCCCAAGCCCAAUGCCAAAAGCCGAAUCUACGAAGAUCGUCGCGCUCCGACCGCUCGCCCCGCCACACCUUCACCAUCGUCUUUUCCAAUUGUCGCGGGUGAACCUGAACCCGCGCCGAGCAGCGAUGACGCCUCACCAACACCUCCAGCCAUGGAUUCUCCAAUACGCCAGCGUCUUCCUAGUAAACGUCGCCAACUACCCCAUGGACCAGACCUCAAUUUCGGCGGAUUGAUGAUUCCCUUUGCGCGACGGAGCUCAGCUAUGCGCAUUGCUGUUCUUGUUCGUCUAGGCAUGGUCGCGGAAGAGAAUGCUAAGAAACUGGAGGAGGAAAGACAGCGGGCGCUCGAGAUGGCGGCCAGACAGCAGACAGUCAAGCGCAGGUACCAGUCCAAGGGACUUGUCUUGCUGGGACAUCCGCCUGCGGAGGAUGUUGCUUGGGACUUAGUUUAA